UCCUGCCUGCUCCCUCUGCUGCUGUCUUUGUCUCUCCCUCAUUGCAUUUUUCCCCAGACUGAGGCGUCUAUGGACCCUCUGGCUCCACUGCCUUUAUUACAGACUUGGAGUGCUCUGACAACUUUCUGAACUCUUUGGCUUGGAGGGGAGAGGGAGCGAAAGAUGAGCACUUGAUGAGAAGCGGCACCAGCAGCAACAGCAGGCUCAUCUGGAGUUGACUAUCAACAGGAGAAAAUCCCCCUCCUCGGGCCAUGACACGGAAACUCCUGAGCCUUCUGACCCCCCUGGCUCUGCUGCUCCUCGUAGGGUUUGGAGACCCCAGCUUUGUUGAUGAGGAUGAGGAUUACUACUUGCAGGAGAUGCUUACAAGGGAACGUUACAAUCAGGUUAAGGUGAAGCCGAAGUCCUCGACAGCUGAUACACAGGAAGAGCCGAAACAAAACCCAGCAAGGAAAAUUCCUAAAGGAGAAGUAGGGAAUGACAAGAAGACAGAUAGAAUCAGUGAUUCUACAAAAUCAGUGAAAGCACUCAGCAGAAAGACAGUGAAAACCAAGAAGAGCCCUUUGAAAGAAUCGAAUAGCAUCUCAGAAGGAUUCCAAGAGUUCAACUCGAUGACAGAGGAAUGCCCCCCCAUGGGACUGGAGACUCUGAAGAUUGAUGAUUUCCAGCUCCAUGCUUCCUCUACAAAACGCUAUGGUCUCGGUGCACACAGAGGUCGUCUUAACAUUCAGGCUGGCCUUUAUGAAGAUGAUCUGUACGAUGGGGCCUGGUGUGCAGGGAGAGAUGACCCCCUUCAGUGGUUGGAGUUGGAUGCCAGGAGGCUGACAAAGUUCACAGGGGUCAUCACCCAAGGCAGAAGCUCUCUCUGGUCGAGCGACUGGGUGACCUCUUACAAGGUCAUGGUUAGCAACGACAGCCACACCUGGAUAACUCUCAGGAAUAGCUCAGCUGACAUGAUAUUCAAAGGCAACAGAGAAAAAGAAAUCCCGGUCCGGAACAUCUUUCCAUCCCCCGUGGUUGCGCGUUACCUUCGAGUCAACCCCCUUUCAUGGUUUUAUGGUGGCAGCAUCUGUAUGAGAGUGGAGAUCCUCGGCUGUCCUUUGCCAGAUCCUAACAAUUACUAUCACAGACGCAAUGAAGUCAUAACAACUGAUGACCUGGACUUUAGGCACCACAGCUACAAAGAGAUGAGGCAGUUAAUGAAGGUGGUUAAUGAAAUGUGCCCGAACAUCACAAGGAUCUACAACAUAGGAAAGUCCCAAAGUGGCCUCAAACUGUAUGCCAUAGAGAUCUCUGACAACCCUGGGGAGCAUGAGGUCGGUGAACCGGAGUUUCGUUACACAGCAGGUUCCCAUGGAAACGAGGUGUUGGGACGAGAGCUCCUCCUCCUACUCAUGCAGUUCAUGUGUCUGGAGUAUCUAUCUGGAAACCAGCGGAUACGUCACCUCGUGGAAGAGACCAGAAUCCACCUUCUGCCAUCCGUCAACCCUGAUGGCUACGAGAAAGCCUUUGAAGCGGGCUCAGAGCUCAGUGGCUGGUCUCUUGGACGAUGGACUAAUGACGGCAUCGAUAUUCACCACAACUUUCCUGAUCUCAACUCUAUUCUCUGGGAGGCUGAGGCAAAGAAAUGGAUUCCUCGCAAAAUGCUCAACCAUCACAUCCCCACCCCUGAUUGGUACUUAUCCAAGAAUGCCUCAGUUGCCUUGGAGACACGAGCGCUGAUAGCAUGGAUGGAGAAAAUGCCCUUUGUGCUGGGUGGGAACCUCCAGGGAGGCGAGCUUGUGGUGACCUUCCCAUAUGACAGAACUCGCUCCCAGGGGGUGACCAGGGAGCAGACUCCCACCCCUGAUGAACACGUCUUCCGGUGGCUGGCCUUCUCCUAUGCUUCCACCCACCGCCUGAUGACUGAUGCCAGCCGACGGGUCUGUCACACAGAAGACUUCGCCAAGGAGGACGGAACAAUCAACGGGGCGUCCUGGCACACAGCGGCCGGCAGUAUGAAUGAUUUCAGCUACCUGCACACCAACUGCUUCGAACUGUCCAUGUAUGUGGGUUGUGACAAAUUCCCCCAUGAAAGCGAACUGCCAGAGGAGUGGGAGAACAAUCGAGAGUCUCUUCUUGUUUUCAUGGAGCAGGUGCAUCGUGGGAUAAAAGGCGUUGUAAGGGACCUGCAAGGACGAGGAAUAGCCAACGCCAUCAUCUCUGUGGAGGGGAUUGGUCAUGAUAUUCGCACAGCUGCUGAUGGUGAUUACUGGCGCCUAUUGAACCCUGGAGAAUACAGCGUAACAGCCAGAGCUGAGGGCUACAGCUUGGCCACAAAGAAGUGCGAGGUGGGCUAUGCAAUGGGGGCCACCAGGUGUGACUUCACAAUUGGACGGAGUAAUUUGUUCCGAAUCAGAGAAAUAAUGGAAAAAUACAAAAAGCAGCCAAUCAGGUUGCCUGUAAGGCAGUUUCAGACUCACAAGCCCAGAGAGAGAUAUUUAGGAACAUAAAUAUAACAUGAGGAAGCAUGGGGAGAAUUUAGACUAAAACAUCUGCCUGGGACUGGGGGGGAGUCUAGGCAGAUGUUUGGAAAUGCAGUAAAGUAUGUCCAAUUUUUUCAAAAUGGAUGCAAAAUUAAUUCACAUUUAUAGAUUCAAAUUAUGACUGAUUUUAAAUGUGAGCAGUAUUUGAUUGUUGUUCUCUCAUAGACAUACAGUACCUUUCUAAUAGCUAUGCUUAACCUCCCACUGUCAAAGUCAGUGAAAUGAUUCUUAUCCAUAAUACUGCAACUAAAUCUAAACAAGGGAGCAAAAGUCACAUCAAAGCUUUUUAUUUUCUUUAUUCGAACAUGAACUGUGGGUGAUCAAUGGAAAGGCCAGCACAAAUUUGCAAUUAUGUACAUAAAGGUGCAGCACAAUAAAUUAGUAUUGUGCAAAACACACUGUGACAAAUUUUAAAGUAUUAUUUCAGUCCAUUUUGUCAAAUACAGCUUAUAACUUAUUAUAAAUGCUUUUAUGCCAGUUGGUUGUCCUACUUUGUUUAAACCAAACUUUUUCCCUCCAUAGAACCAAAAAAAAAAAACUUUAUGUAAUGUUAAAUUAUUUAAUAAAAACUGGAUUUUGGCCUUUUUUGAGCAUUGUGUUAUAACAACCAAGGAUAACUGAGAUUAACAUUUGAAAUAUAUAAGCUUGCGUGUAACAAUCGCAGAUUAAAUAUCUAGUUAAUAUUUUUGAAUGAAAUGUCUUCAACAAAUAUUAAUAACAUCCUAAUUUAUUGGGGUGCACCUGUGCCUGAGUUAUGUAACACGGUGGUAUUUAAAUCGUCAUAGAAGCUUUGCUAUCUGCACUUUUUUAUUGUAUAUUUUAAAAACAUUUUGCUCUUUAGUUGUUUAUUUUAAUUUUA